GGCAGCACCUACACUCCGUUCCUUCUCCAGGGAAGGUCCACCUCCAGCCCGGAGCAGUCAGGAUUACAGAAAGCCCACCUCGGCCCACGGAGCCAGCGCCAUGACGGAAGUUGGCUGGUGGAAGCUAACCUUCCUCCGGAAAAAGAAAUCCACCCCCAAGGUGCUGUAUGAGAGCCCUGACACCUACGCCCAAACGGAGGGCAGCCCCGAGCCCCCUCGGCCGGACAGUGGGAGCCCCACCAGUGACUUCAGCACCCGCCUGGAGAAGAUUGUGGACAAGAACACAAAGGGAAAGCACGUCAAAGUCUCCAAUUCUGGCCGCUUCAAGGAGAAGAAAAAAGUCCGGGCCACUCUGGCAGAGAACCCCAACCUGUUUGAUGACAGGGAGGGCAAAAGACAGUGAAGGGGGCCAAGCAGGACGCGAGCCCCUUCCCACUCCCUGCCGUCAGCUGGAUCUGAGGCAGGCCGCUUGCCACGCUGGCCCCUGUGGCCACAGCUGAAGCUGCCGGGGCUUUGAUGCCUGCUGGCAGGAAAUGUCUGGUUUUAAGUUUGUAUUUAUGCAGCGCAGCUUUCUGGAAGGCCUGGGAGGACCAAGUCCUCCUACCUCCCCCACCACACACAAAGGCACUCCAGUUGGAGGAUGAGAAGUCCCACCCCAGGACAACCUUCCUUGGAGCAGUGGCAGUGCCCACAGGGAGGUGGGCAUGGCGAGAGUGGGCGAGGGAGCCGGACAGACCGCACCCCCUCCCAGGCAGGACCCCGGGUAAGGGUGACACUGAAUUGCUGCUCCUGCUACUUUCUCUACCCCGUGACUGCUCUUGCACCAACUCUGAGAGCGGACUUUCCAGAAGCCAUGAGAGGCGGGGUGGCUUCCUAGAGCCAGAGGUGGAGACGCUGCAUUUGAGUUCACCUCCUCACACAAGUGGGAGACUUCCUGGAACUUUGCCUCCAGAUGUGCAGGGGGGCGAGGGGGGAGGACGACGGGGCCUGACACUUGCCGGGAGAUGCAGCAGAAGGCCAGGGUCGGGCCCCCACGGUCCCCACACUACUCUCAAGGGCAAGCUACA